AUGUUCUGUAGCAAAGGGUAUUUUUGCUCCCAUUAUACUGCUGCAUUUUUUUGCGCUUUUUUGUUUCCCAUGUAUUUCUCAAAAAUAAAAAUUUCAAAGUUUUCAGACCAGAUUUUACGUAAUACAGAUUCUACAAAUAAGGAAUCUUUUUUGCACAUUUUUCAGAAUGGGGGGUGGGGAGUGGGGGGUCCUCACGGUUGCUAUGUGUUCUAUAUCAGGAAGUACGCUAUUCCGAAAACAAUGUUAAGGUUUACAAGAAAAAUCUUGGGUGUGAUAAUUAUAAUGACUUGUAUCACUCUUGUUUCCGAUAUCCGUUUAGAAAGCACUUUUGUAGCUUUUGGUGGUUGCACGUUCUUCAACCAAGGCCUUGAAUUACUACGCUUGUUCGGAAGUUCCACCCGCUUGUCCCGAAUAGAACCAGAGAAAGAAAAGCUUCCAUUUGUUUCAGCUGUCAAUAGAGAACUUUAG